AUGGGCAGCGCCUUGACGUCGGCAGGCAGGCAGGCAGACAGGCAAGGCAAGGGACUAGACAGGAACGGCCGUCAGACAAACAGGCUAUCGAUUUUUAAAUCGCUCUUCCUCCUCCUUUUCACCCUCCUCUCCACCUACCUCCUCUCGUCUCCUCCUCCUCCUCCUCCUCCCCCUCCUCCUCCUCCUCCACCACCACCACUUUCAUCUCCUCCGAUUGCCGCCUUCCACGCAUACCUGCGUGCGCCCAGCUUGUGCGAGUUCACGCCGGAGGGACUGAGAUAUGCGCCUACUUAUCCAUAA